AGGCAGCCAUGCCGACAAGUGCAUCUCUAUCAGGAGUGAAACCUCCCAUACAUGAGCAGAUUGUGGAGCUGCAGAAGAAAAUUCAGCUGCUGGAUGGCGAUCACAAGGCUUAUGAGGAGAGCUCCAGUGCGCAGAUUCAGAAAAACUGGGAAACAAUACAAUUCCUGCGCCAGGAAAACAAGAAGCUGCAUAAGAAGCUGGCUGAUGUGCUUGCAGGUGAUGAGAAGGUGAUCAAGGAGGCCUUUCAGAGCCACUCUGUGGAAAGAGCUGCAAUGAGGAACAAGAGUGGCCAUGCUGCCAUCCAGCUGAUGGAUCAGAAGCUCUGUGACAAAAUAAAGCGUCUAAACGCCUUGCGCCACCAGAGUGAGGUUCGGAAGAAGCGACUAGAAGAGAUGGAGACAGAGUACAAGAAGAAAUCUGAAAGUGAACAAUCUAAGCCAGGGAAAGAAGACAGUUCUGAGCAGGCAGAGCAGAGUGAAGUCACAGAACAGGAGGAAACUCCUCAACAGAAUCUACGCAUGUUGGAAAAUCGCCUGGAGAAGGCACAGCUGAAACUUCAGGAAUCGGAGCACAUAAACAAUGUAUACCAGAAGUUAAAGGACCACAUGCAGGAAGAAAGCCUGACUUUUCAAUCACAGUUGGAUCUUUUGGAGGCCGAAAUACUUCGCCAGAGACAAGAGAUGAAAGAACUUCAGAUGGUGAACAAGGAGGCAGUGACAUCACGGGAAAUGGCCCGAGCAGAACUUCAGUUGCAGGAGGAGGAGUUUCACCGAGAGCGCAGAGAGAGAGAAGCAAUCCUGCAGGAGUAUAAGCGUAAAGCCGAGGAAAGGCGUUUGUUUGCCGAGAGAGAUCGUAGGGCUCAGCGUGUAUCAUUGCCAGGAGAGGACACUCCUGUGGAAACCCAACUGGUGGCAAGUGGACAGGAGGAGGAAAAAGCAAUCCGCACUUAUCAAGAAGCCUUUCAGAAGAUCAAGGAGGCCACCGGGGUGACUGACACACAGGAAGUGGUCAGGCGUUUUGUAGCACAGGGAGAGACUUAUCGACACCUGGAUGAACUGAAGAGCGAGAAUGAGAAGACCCUGGUGAGGCUGAAGGAAGAAAAGGAGAAGCUGCAGGAAGUUUUCCAAGAGCUCAAGUACUCAGGAGAGGCCAAGCUAUCCAGUGGCCAGCAGGUACUGGAAGAGCUUCAAACUCAUCUUCAGAAGGAGGAGAAGAGACGGGACAAGUGUAAGGAGGAUCUGGACAGAAUGUCUAAAAUUAUGGGCACUGCAAAGUCAGGAAUGGAGCAUCUGGCCAGCAAAGUCCAGCACGUCAAGGCGCCAAGGAGUCAUUUCCCCGCCAGGGACCUGUCUCCCCAGUCGGAUGAGUACAUACUGGACCUCCUGGAAACCACAGAGAAGAAGCUGCAAAAACUCUUAGAGGAGCUGGAUGGCCAGGAUGUUGCAGCCGUCCUCAAACAGAUGGAGGAAGAAGAGUUCCAGGCCAAGAUAGAGGGCAAACUUCCAGCCCACAACGUACGCAUCUCACUUCCAGCUCCCACCAAGCAGGAUUCAUUUGAAGAUGAAGAAGACAGUGGAGAGGAUGAAGGUGAUGUGGUGACCAGAGCUGCUUUGAAGAGACAAUCUCAACAGAUUAUAGAAUCCAAGACCAAGAGAAAAUCCCGUCCCAAGAAGAAAAAGGGGAAGCAAUAA